AUGCCAGUGGCCAUGGACACACAUCAGGGGUCCGGUCUGAGCAGUACUGGCGACAAAGACAGAUACCGGCAGGUGCUGUUACAGGAACUCUGCCAGCUCCAGGCCAAGCAGAGGAAGCUGAAGAGGGAGGUUGAGAGGCACAAGCUUUUUGAAGACUAUUUGAUUAAAGUUCUUGAGAAAAUCCCCAAGGGCUCCAAUGAAAGGGAGGAGCCAGAGGAGGCCGUGGUGGAGGCCAUGGUGGAGCACUAUGGGAAGCUCUUCACAGUCGGCCAGGACAUCCAGAAGCGUCUUGAGGCCUUCUCCAAGAUGAACCAGGUCGUCCACCAGAGCCUGGAGUCUCUAGAAGAGAUCCAUAGAGCUCUUAUCCCGAACCUCAAGAUCCGGCUGUGUCAGCUGCAGAAGAGGUGUCACAGCUGGCAGAAGCAGCAGUGGCAGUCGAAAUAUGAUGUCACCUACCGGAAAGACACGGGCAGCUAUAAUGUGGGAAGCUCUGCUGCAGCUGAUCACCACCCUGGAGGCCUAAAAAAGAGCAUUCAGGCGCUGCACAGACUGAAGCACGCUGGGUGCCUCCAGGCCCCUUCCCAGGUGCCCCAAAACCAGCUGCUCAACUACGUGCGAACAGCCAUCGACAACAUGGCUCGGCAGUGCUGCUCCUUUGACUGUGUUGUGCCCGUGAAGACCAUGGGCCUCUUCUCCAAGCUCAGCCUGAUUCAGGAAUUUAUGUUGGACAAAAGGGAGACUGUGAAGUUUAUCUCACUGCUCAUGGAACCCAGAGUGUGCUGGUCAGAUGACAGCCACAGUGACCAGAGGUUCAGAAGAUACCCAAGAUCCUUCAGGACAUAUCCAAGGAGUCAAGACUUCAUCCCAAGGGCCCCCUCCCCCCGCACCCAGACUUCAGAGUACUCCAGCCUGUGCUGA